CAGUUCUACACUGAUCUCUGUCUCACUCACUCUCUCUGUGUGUUGUUCAUUUCUUCUUCCCACUCCAUCGUUCACAAUUCCAUGGCUUCCGUUGCUUUCAGAAACCCAAAUUCUAAGCACCUUCUACUCCCUUUCCGUUUCAUAUCUCAAUACCAUUCUUCACUCAGCCAUGAAACUCACACCACAUCCCAAAACAACUCCUUCUGCAGCAAUGCACCUCCAUCUUCUCUUCGGAGAUCCAUGGCCACUUUCACUCGAACAAAGCCCCAUCUUAAUGUUGGCACCAUUGGGCAUGUAGAUCAUGGAAAAACCACACUAACUGCUGCUAUUACAAAGGUGCUAGCUGAUGAAGGUAAAGCCAAAGCCAUUGCCUUUGAGGAGAUAGACAAGGCUCCUGAAGAGAAAAAGAGAGGAAUUACUAUUGCUACAGCUCAUGUGGAGUAUGAGACAGCAAAGAGGCAUUAUGCCCAUGUUGAUUGUCCAGGACAUGCUGACUAUGUCAAGAACAUGAUAACUGGAGCUGCACAAAUGGAUGGUGGAAUCCUUGUUGUUUCUGCUCCUGAUGGGCCAAUGCCUCAAACAAAAGAACACAUACUGCUUGCUCGUCAGGUUGGUGUUCCAUCACUGGUCUGCUUUCUAAACAAGAUAGAUGCUGUUGAUGACCCAGAGUUACUUGAACUUGUGGAAAUGGAGCUUCGUGAACUACUUAGUUUCUACAAAUUUCCCGGAGAUGAGAUCCCAAUUGUACGCGGUUCAGCCCUGUCUGCCUUGCAGGGGACCAAUGAAGAACUUGGAAGGAAGGCUAUCUUAAAACUAAUGGAUGCUGUGGAUGGAUACAUUUCUGAUCCUGUGCGGCAGCUUGAUAAGCCUUUCCUAAUGCCAAUAGAAGAUGUUUUCUCCAUUCAAGGGCGUGGAACUGUUGUGACUGGUCGUGUUGAACAAGGCACCGUCAAAGUUGGUGAGGAGGUUGAAAUAUUGGGACUGACACAGGGUGGACCUUUGAAGACUACUGUAACUGGUGUGGAAAUGUUUAAGAAAAUUUUGGAUCGGGGGGAAGCUGGUGAUAAUGUGGGACUUCUUCUACGAGGUCUGAAGCGUGACGAUGUACAAAGGGGAAUGGUUGUCUCCAAGCCUGGUGCACUGAAAGCGUAUAAGAAGUUUGAAGCCGAGAUUUAUGUCCUCUCGAAAGAUGAAGGUGGCCGUCAUACUGCUUUUUUCUCUAACUAUAAGCCUCAGUUUUACUUGAGGACUGCAGAUAUUACAGGAACAGUGCAAUUACCUGACAAUGUUAAGAUGGUUAUGCCUGGUGAUAACGUGUCUGCAACUUUUGAGCUGAUUUCACCUGUUCCUCUUGAAACAGGACAAAGAUUUGCUUUGAGAGAGGGAGGCAGGACAGUUGGUGCAGGAGUUGUCUCCAAAGUGAUUUCCUAGGAUGUUGAUCUAGAGUCCACAACAUUUUUUUUGGUCUAGUAGAUUGUAAUUAAGUUGUGAGUAAGGAUUGAGAGCACCAUCCUAGUACGAUUCUGUGAUGUGACUGUUUUCGGCACUUCAUGUGUUGGUUUCAUUUGAAUGUGUACUGUUUGGAUAUCCGUUGUGACCACUACAAAAAGUGAACGAGAUUCUUCAAAUGGAUUGGAAUAAAAAUCCGUCCACGUUGCACUCAAGUGGUAUCCAGACACACUUGAUAUUGGGAAAAUGGUUAUAAUUUUUUGGUUUGGCUAA